UAUUUACUAUUUACCAAAAAAAAAGCAUGGAAGCGAUUUUUGCGAGGAGAUAUAAUUUUAUUUGUCAUGUAUUUAAAAGAAAUUUGUUCCGGGCAAAUGUUUUCGAUCAAUUUUCAGCUAGCAUAGUCAUUUCAUCCAGCAAAUUAAAUGUAUCACCUUCAGAUCCAGUAGUGAGUACUGCCGAUGAAGUAUUAAAAAAAGCUGAUCCAGAAUCUCUAAAACAGUACAAAAAACCAGUAGACUGGUUGCCGUUCCAUUGGCGUAGACGUCCAAUGUUCAACAUUUUUAAGCAAAGUGGUGAUUUAAUUUUGAAAAAUCCAAUUGAUCCUGCAUGUCCCAAGCCUGAUUUUGAACUCUCAGAAGAACUCAAAACAGCACCAGAAGAUGUUAAAAAAAUUUUCUCCCUUGAAACAGCUUCAAGACACGAAGCAGAAGAAGCUUAUCGAAGGAGCCUGCUGAAAAGGGUUCAACGGCACCCAUUUGAUUUUACUUCUUUGGAAGUAAAAAUUGCUCUAAGGACUAUAAGGAUUCGUUCGCUGUUUCUAAAUAGUGAGAUAUUCCCAAAGGAAAUUCGCCUUAAUCGAGUGAUAUUACCAAUGGUGAUAAACAGACGAAAUAGAGACUUAAAAGUUUUGAGACAAAUUGACCAUGAGCGAUUUUCUUGGCUAUGUAAAGAACUCCAAAUAUAUUACAAUCCCCCUACAUUAGGAAAGAAGCUGGAAAGGUAUUGUAAGAAAUGGGACUUACGACGCCUAACAAAACUAUACCACGAUAGCUUGAUACAAAAGAAGAAAAAUGCGUAUCAUGAAGAACUGAAAAAACAACAAAAGGACUUCUUAAAAGAAAAAGCUGAAACUUUGGCUUGGAUAGAAGCAGAAGAGAAAGCUCUAAAAGAAUUGUAGCUAAAUGGAUAUACACAGAUCAAAUAAUAAUAAUAAUAAUAAAAACUUAUUACUGCAAGUAUGUGUGGCUUAUUUCAAAUUAUGAAUUCAUUGGAAGCUCAAUCGCAUUUUUCUAUUUUAUUCUGUUGUAUGUUUGUACAGUUACAAAUCCAUUUUUAUCAUUCAACAUGCAAAUGAAGACAAUUUCCCUAGAGAAAAUGCUUACUUUUUUUUUUUUAAUCAGUUAAAAGCAUUCUAAAGUAAUUACACUAACAAUUUCGACACCAGCACUGUGGUUGUAUUAACAAGUAUAUUAAUUAUUUUAAAAAAAGUUUGUUUUUAUUUUUGACUCAAAUGAAAAAACAUAAAACAAUUUAAAAGUCUACUUUUAUUUUCGUAAGAACAUUUCUAUACAAAAACUCACACCGUCUUUCAAACAUUACAUAAUAUACAAAUGAAUAAGUACUCUCAGUCAAUGUAUCAAAAUGCUUUCUCUGUAGUUCUGUUUUGUAAUGUAUUAUUUAAGCCAAAUGCAUUUUCAUAAGUCAUUUAAUUCAACAAUGCUUAAAAGUUUACCAAAAUAUUUUUUAAUUAUAUGGGGGGGGGGAGGAUUUUUUUCCAACUUGAUCCUACAUCAUUUAAAAAUAAUUUGUAAAAUUAGUUUGAAUUUGUAAUUGUAAAAAUUUGUAAAAUUAGUACAAUGCAGUUAGCUCUCACUGAAACAAAGUUUUUUCCUGUUUAAAAUGCUAUAUUUUAGCAUACUAAGCUCUUACCAUCACGAAAAAAGCCACCGCUGAAAUGUCUGUAGCUGUCUGUUGCUAUAACAAUGAGGCGUGUCAUUUUUCCAAGAGAAGCUUAAUGUUAGGAAAACCCGUAUGACUACACAAAGACGAGUGGCGAAAUUGCUCCAAAAUACCCUCCUGCUAACCCUUGCAAAAAAUGAACGAAUUCCGUUUCUAUGGCAGUAGACAGGCUCAGACUUUACGGAGGGAUCUUUUCUUGUGAAGGACAGACAGUGCCAGUAUUUGUAUCACAAUUUAUAUUUUUCAUCAAUGUGAACCACUGAAAACAGACUAUUGUUUUCCAAAUGAUUAAGUAACAAAGUUAUGAAAAUAUUACAAAAAAAAAAAAAAUAUUGUUUCAACAAAAUCUGUUGAAACAAAUAUUACAGAACGGAAAAAAAAAAAACCUUCGUUAUAUGAAUUAACAUUUUUGAUAGCAAGAAUUAUAUGCUGAAACAUUCAAAAAAAAAUAGUAAAAAUAUUAUUAGUAAUAAAAAGAUUUUUUUUUUAAAUCAUUGAAAGACUCUAUUCAAUUUUACAAUAACAUCAACUACAGAGUGCAAAAUGAUUAUAUACAGUUACUGUAUGAGAAGUCUGUCAAAUAAAACCACUGAAAAUAAUAAACUUUUAUGAUGAAAUGGAAUGCUUAUGUAAGAUGUCUUACUAAAAAACAUACAUGGAAUGUUAAUUUUAACAUCUCAUUCGAAAUUUUUGCCUUAAUAUGUUGAUUUUAACCAAUUUUAUUACUUGUGUUAUAAAAUAUUUACAUUUUCGGUAAAAGAGUCAAGUAAAUGCAGUUCUUUGGGGGUAAUUUACUUAAAAUUUUGCUCCAGAAAACAAAAGCUGGUGUAUUUUUUCCCCCCAUUUAAAUUCAAUAUAGUCAGUCACUAUUCAGCAUUUUUUGAAAAUACAAAUUAAAAAAUAAUAAGCAUAGUAUUUAGAUCUUGCAUCAUGAAAAGAUUUAACAUCAUAUUUAAGCAAAAAAAGAAAAGAAAAAAACAUAAGAAUAUGUUUUUAUUUUAAGGCACACACAGAAAUUUUUAUUGUUGCAGAACAUAAUUAAUUUGUUAAAAAGGCAUUUGCAUGACUCAACAAACUAAAGUAUUAAAAUUGAAGUGGACGUUUAUUUGACAAACUUUGACUAGUAUAAACCAUGAGUUCAUUUGAUUGUAAAAAGAAAAGCAAAAAAAAAGUUUCUUGGUAGAAUGAAGCAUACCUCAUGUAACACUCUGUUAACACAGGGCACAUUUCAAGCAUAAAAAACCCAUCUAUUUCAAGCAUUUGGAAGAUAGGUUUUAAUGCAGUUGCAAAAGCAUUUUCCACAGCAUUUAUAAUAUUAACAAAAAUAAUUGGUAAACUUUAUUGAUUUUUCUUUAUCAAACAAUGGUCUAUAUAUCUCACAUGUAUCGUGACAGAUAUAUACAAGUACUGUCCGCCCAGCUUAAUCGAAUACCGUCGGUUCCAAGACAUAAUAAACAAUUAAACUGGGAAGUUUUUAUCUUUAUAAAUUGUGUUAACAUUUGUCUUAAAACAUAAUAAUAUUAAAUCUGUUGCUAUGUAAAGGAAAUAGUUAAAGUUUUAUUGGUAAAAAUUUUUUGAAAUAAGCAAAAUAAACAUCAAAAUAGUUUAAUAAUUAAUUACAAGUAUAUAUGAAAAUUAUAAAAAGUAACUUAUAACUUGAGUUGUGAAAUCUUUGAUUUGUCAUUUUUUUUCCAGUGCGUUAUUUUUUGAAAAACUCCAUAGUAGUGGAUUGCUUCUCCUUCCUUGUCUACUAUCUUUUCUUUUGGAUUUUAUAUUUAUCAAUUUACAAUAUCUUCUAAAAUGUGUUUAUUUCUUUGUGUUAUUAAGUUUAGUUAUCAACUGCACUAUCUUUUUUUUUCUUGGUAACGGCAAACAAAGAAAUCCUCAUAAAUAUAACGCUCCUAACAUCAUCAACAAUGAAACUCACUCUAUAGCAUGAUAAUUUGAUAAUCUGUUCUGGUAAUGUUUAAUAUGCAGGGAAAGGCUUUAUUGUGACAAGGCUGAACUCGAUCCGGUAGCUUAACUGUUUUACUGGUAAGACUCAUUUCAAGGGAAUGAAGAAACGAAAAACAAAGUCAACAUUGAACACUACCUACUGGAGUUUAGGGUUAAUUCACUGGAGUUAGGGUUAAUUCACUGGAGUUAGGGUUACAAAUUGAACUAUCAAAAUAUCACCAUAUAGGCAAUUGCUUUGUUCAAAUGUAGAAUCAGUUUUCACCCGUCAUACCUUGAUAGACAGUUUUCUAGUUUAAUAGAAUAGUGGAAAUGUUUUAAUGGAUUAUGAAUGUUGUUUUUCUCUUGCCCGUUGUCGGCAAAAAAUAUUGCUAUUAUAUUUUUUUGUCAGUAUAUGUUCUUACUUAAUUUCUAAUUUAUCAAAACUUUACUCAGCAAAAAUAUUUGCGAAAGCUGAUCACUAUCAUUCGAUUAUCUGGGGAAAUAAUUCGUUUAAGCGAGGAUAUUUAACAAUGCAUCUGUGAGGAAAUAUUUGGCUCCGGGAGGUUUUGGGAGGUUUUAUUCGUAUCUCAGCGGAGUAUUCAUUUAUCCAUUACCUGAUUAGCGGGGCUGACAGUACUUUGAAAAUUACAUUAUAAAUGAACAUUUCUUGUAAUUUUCAAUCAGAUCUAAUUUUCAAAUAUUGUGUUAGAUAUUGCACAAGUUUUAAAAUAUAAAUAAGCACCACUGAUCCUCCAACGAGCAUGUAAACAAAAAAAUGAACAAAUGUAAAUAAAAGCAUUAAAAUCAAAACAGAAAAAAAGAAUGCCCUCUCUCACCAACAUAUGAUCAUAACUAAGUCGGACAUUUUGCACACAAAAUGAAUGAAUUUUUUAUCUAACCCUUACUAAACAACAUCUAAUCUAAUUAUUUAAUAUGGAGAUACAAAGCUUUGGGUCACACUGAAUUGUGGGCUUUACAUACAGUACUGUAGUUGGAGGGGGGAUACCACCCCCUGAAAUAAUUGGUUUUUUAAUGUAAAAAUAAUACAAAUCUGAAUUAAAUUUAAUUUGAAACCACCUUUCUUUUGGUGAGUCUCCUCAAACCCCAAUGAGAUUUCUCC